AGUUUAAAACAGAUGAACAUAACCACAGAAAACAUUACUUGUUUAUAACUUAAUUUACACAUAGUGUAAACUAUUAUUAAUUGUUUUAUUAUUAGUGUUGUGCACAAAACAUUUUCCAAAAUGGAUGAAGAGGACAUUCCGCUGAAAAUAGGUCUAAUAGAAUCAGAAAUUUACGAGUUAACAAGAAAAAGAGAAGAACUUACAAGAAGAAUUAACAGAUUGAAGUCACAAAAAGAUGAACUGCAAGCUAACUACAAUCUUAAGAAGAGUUUAGAAGUAGACGAGACUUUAACCAACGUAGAUUAUGCGUGGUCCAAGAACGCACAGAAGGUACUAGAAGAAAAAUUCAAUUUAAAGUCAUUCAGAACACAACAACUUGCUGCCAUUAAUGCUACAUUAUCAAAGAAAGAUUUGCUUUUGUUGAUGCCCACUGGUGGUGGUAAAACUUUAUGUUACCAACUGCCUGCUGUAAUUGACAAGGGGAUGACUCUAGUUGUUUCACCUCUGAUUGCAUUGAUGCAAGAUCAGUUGAUAAAUCUCAGAAAACUAGGCAUCAAUGCAAUGUCUAUGUCUUCAACCACUGAUAAAGAUGCUAAGAAAGCUGGAUUUCAGUAUAUGUCUAAAGGCAUUGGACCAGAUCUUAAGUUGAUGUAUGUUACACCAGAAUGGUUGGCAAAGAGUAAAACUUUUAUGUCAUCUUUACAAAAGUUACAUGAAAGAGGAAAAUUGGAUAGAAUUGCAAUUGAUGAAGUUCACUGUUGUUCACAAUGGGGCCACGAUUUUCGACCAGAUUACAAAUAUCUGGGUCUAUUGAAAGGCAUGUUUAAAGAUGUGCCUAUUAUAGGCCUAACUGCUACAGCAACAACUUCAGUUCUCUUGGAUAUUCAGAACAUGCUGGAUAUUCCAGGUUGUACAAUAUUACGCGCACCGUUUGAUAGGCAUAAUUUAAACUUCAAGGUUGUAUCAAAACCAGACAAAUCAGAUGAUUGCUAUGAUUACCUUGAAAAACUCCUCACAAAAACAUUCAAAGAUCAAUCAGGUAUAAUUUAUACUGCCACUAUUAAAGAUAGCAGUGAAAUUAUGAAAGGAUUAAGGGCGAGAAAUAUCAAAGCGCUUAGUUAUCACGCUGAUCUUGAAGAAGAAGUAAAAACACUAACACAUACAAAGUGGUUAGAGAGUAAGAUUCAAGUUGUGGUCGCUACUGUUGCCUUCGGCAUGGGCAUUGAUAAACCGGAUGUUAGAUUUGUCAUUCAUUAUUCAAUACCGAAAAGUAUGGAGACUUUGUAUCAAGAAAGUGGGAGGGCUGGAAGAGAUGGCAAAGAUGCGCAAUGUAUUGUCAUGUUCAAGUUGAGCGACUAUAUGAAGAACAGCGGGUAUGCGCGGUCUAAAGUAGAGGUUAAGAAUGCUUUCUCAGUGUUGGAAUAUUGCCUAUCUCUUAAACACUGUCGCCAUUACCUGAUUGGUUUGCACUUUGAAGAAAUGGAAAUCAGAAGGUGCAAUUCAAUGUGUGACAAUUGUAAGAAAGCGACAAAAGAAAAUAAUCAUUUACAAGAUUAUGACGUAGCCGAUGCAAAUGUUGAUAUUCAUAAAUUAAUAACAACAUCAAUGCAAGGCGAUAAAAACUUGACCGUUGCAAAGUUGGUGGAUGUCUGGUUAAAACCUACAGUAAAGAUUAGGAAACCAGGGAUAUCCAAGCAGCAGGCUGAGGAUAUAAUUGGACAUCUUUUAAUCAAGAAGUGCUUGACCGAGGAGAAAAAUUACACACCUUAUUCCGUGAACUGUUACCUUCGAUGUGGGAUGACUCCUGAGAGUGUGGUGAUAUCAAUGAGCUACUGCGCUGUAGAUGGCGUUUGAAGUAAUUUCGUUUGCGACCAGUAUGCUCGAGAGACUAAGCGAAGAGGCGGUGUAUCGGUGCCGAAGUGUUGCUCUCGAGGAGGCCAGGCUUAUUUAGCGAACCGUAAGUCCAGACAAUUUCCUUUUGUGCGCCGGCAGACUCCAUUCACUUUGAUUCACCAAUGUACUCAAUACACCUCCCAUCUACUCCUGCCGCAUGGCCUCACGUCUAUUCCUGAUACCCUAUAUAGCUAAUAUACCUUUUCCAAUAUUCUUCCACCGAUACGAAUACCCUCAUACCUUUAGAGUCAAUGAAUAUUAACUUCAUAAAUUUCGGGUGCCCAUGUGACAUUUACAAUCUUACGAUCUUCUAUAAAAAGAAAAUCACGUCGUGUGGACAAUUUUAUGAUGAUUUUGUAUAGUGAUUAGUUUGGUAGUAUUUGUAGGGCGGUAUGAGGGGAUGUUUAGAUCGUCGAUCGUCGAUUGUCAAUCGCACGCCGUGCCACGCGUCGCGACGUGAUUGUGUCGUCGCGCGUCGUUGGCGUCGUACGCC